GAUUCGGAUGUAAUAAUAGUGUUGUAGAUGCAUAUCGAUUCGGACCAAGGUUCUGAAUCAGGCUCGCAUUGUCCUGGGUCUUUAUCAGGUCCAUGCAAUAACAGAUUCAGAAGCAUCACGUACUUCAAGUACCAGUGCACACCUGGCCAUAAUUUAUCCAUCAUAGCCGAAGACUUUAUAUAUAAGGCCAUCCUGCCUUCUAGUUGCUCAGCGCUCAUCGAUCAUCGAUAUCUUCCAACUUGUUCUCGGGCACGGCGAUGCUUGCAGAAGAUCACUCCCAUGAAUAUUUCGAUGACGAAAGCCAGCACUCGUUGGAAUCAUACCAGUCGAAGAAGAACACGAUCUUGAAGUCUCACGGAAGACCUCCUUGGUACGGGCAAGAUGGCCUGCCUGUUUGCGAUGCAUUCGUGAUCGGGAUAGCUGGUGGAUCGGCAAGUGGGAAGACUCAUGUUGCUCGACAAAUUGUUCGUUCAUUGGGCUCAGUACCGUCUGUCGUUAUCCUAUCCCAGGACAGCUUUUACAGGCGAAAUACCGCAGAAGAGGUUGCGCUGGCGCAUGCGAAUCAACUGGACCUUGACCGCCCGGAUGCCAUCGACAUGCCCAUGCUUGCUGCUUGUCUCGCGGACUUGAAGGCGUGUCGGCAGACAAAUAUUCCCGUUUACUCGUUUGCCGAACAUCAGCGGUUAGACGAGGCGAAGUAUUUGUAUGGUGCGGCUAUCAUAAUAACGGAAGGUAUAAUGGCUUUGCAAGAUCCGGAAUUACGCUCUUUAUAUGAUCUGAAGGUGUUUGUGCAAUGUGACUCAGAUUUGAUGCUCGCCCGGAGAAUACAACGGGACGUCAAGGAACGCGGAAGAAGUGUUGAUGGGGUUCUCGAGCAAUAUCUUCGCUAUGUUAAGCCCGCGUUCGAUAACUUCGUUUUGCCAACCUCUCGCCAUGCAGAUAUCGUUGUUCCAGGGUCGAACAACUCUGUUGCCAUUGACUUGAUAUCGACCCACGUUCGACGUCAAAUGACAGAACGCGCGAGACACUUCCGGAAACACAUGGUUUCUCAAUCAAUCGAGUGUUGCUUGAGUACGUUGGACGGUAGCCCAUUGUCCAAGAACCUUAUAGUGCUCCCGCAAACACCACAGUUGAAGGGUAUAUAUACUAUCCUUCGUGAUGGGACAGCGACCCGCCAGGACUUUAUAUUCUUCGUAGACCGACUGGCAACGUUCUUGAUCGAGAAAGCGAUGGAACAUCUUCCUUACAAACCUAAGACGGUCAUGACCCCAACAGGAGUAGAUUGCACCGGCAAGGAACUUAAUGUCGAGAACGUCUGCGGUGUCUCAAUAAUACGCUCAGGUGGACCUCUGACGAGGGGAUUGCAGCGUGUUCUUAGUGAUGUUGCAAUUGGCUCCCUUCUGGUGCAAUCCGAUGCCAAUACUGGAGAGCCACUACUUCUACAUGUUAUGCUCCCUAAAUGCUUGCGAGAGCGACAUCUAGCUGUCGAUACGUGGGUCUUUUUGCUCGAUGCCCAAAUAGGCACUGCUGCCUCGGCAUUCAUGGCGAUUCGGACACUAUUGGAUCAUGGAGUCCAGCAAGAUCACAUCAUCUUCGUAACGUUUCUCAUUGCCCGCACUGGCGGUGUCACUGUUCUUCAGCGGGCCUUCCCGGGGGUCAAGAUCGUUACUGGUGCUGUCGAUGAAGGGCUCCGUGAGGCUUGGCUUGAACGUUACAAUGAAAAGGGCGAGGGCCAGAGCGAAGGGGACGGGAGGAAAGUCUGGAUCGUAGAGCCUGGUAUGGGUCAAAUCGGUGACAGAUACUAUCUCUAGUUUUGGAAUA